CUCUUGUUUGGCGUAGGUUGUCUAAAUACUUAGAGCAUAUUGGCUUGAAAUGAUUCUUAUGUAUGCUUUGCAAUGCAGCAACAUUUAACUGAUUAGAUUUCGUUUCGGCGUGCUUGAAUCUGACCAUGUGGUGAAGUGUGCAUACUGAAGGUAGGGUAUUCUUGGCAAUGUGCAACUGAAAUAAGACGUGUGUCACUUUAAAUGGUUUUUGAGUGGAUCGGAAGGUACUUACUGGUAAUCUUAAUUGAUUUACAUUUCUUAUUAUGGAAUACAUUACAGAAAUUUGGUCAUAUGAAACGAAAUUUGUACGACAUUUGACUGACAAUUUUGACGAAAUGUAAACGAUUCACAUCAUUCUAGAUUUUCAUUUGAUGAAUUUUUCCAUGACCCCGGAAAACAUUGGAGACGUUUAUGUCAAGUUAGACGUCAUAAUUGCUGGUCAACCGAAAUCAAAAUUUCCAGUGAUGUUCAAUUUAACUCAAUUUGGCUAUCAAAACCUACGCCAUUUGGUAAGACCAUCAUCACCUAUAAGAGAUUCUGUAUGCAUGGUGUCUUGCUACAAUCCAUUUAUCGUAAGCCGUAAGCCAAGUCUUACCUAUCCGAUCCCGUACAAAAACAGUUUCGUGAACAGAGCGAGAAAUGCUCAUACUUACGCUACGCAUCCAGAAAAGGUCAGACAACUCAUAAAAAGUAAGGAUGCUCAUGUGCUUUGCAGCUACUUCACCUCCAAAAGGUAUGUCGACAGGGUCGAACAGCUUAUAGAGCAGCAGAAGAUAUUGUUAGACGACUCACAAAAAGGAGCAAAAGUUACAUAUGAGCACGUCAUUGAUUGCGCCCAACCUGAACGAUCUAAAAUAAAAAGGGAGAUGGAAAGUAAAUCAGACGAGGGAGAACAGGAAAUAGAUGAUGAAAUGUCACCAGCAAUGUUUACAAAUUCUGCUGGAAGAAAAAAGCCAGUCAAGACGACCGUUUUGUCACUAAUGUUGAAAAAGAAGCAAGAGGAUACCAAAAAGUCGCCGAUUUUGAAUCAGGCAGGCGCGAUAGAAGGUCCAGUGUUAAGACACAGAACCACCAUCUUGCCACUAAUUCUUAAAAACACGAAGCGUAUUAAACAAAGGGAAAAAAAGUUCGCCGAAACAGACAGCAUUGAAAUGAAGAGCGUUAGGAGUACUGAAGAGGAGAACGUUAAAGAAAGCAGAAGAUUCCAAAAAGUAGCAGAAGCAUAUCCUACGCACUCGGUAAAACAAGCCAGACCAUUGGAGCGCCCAGAAAAACCGUCUUCGAGAGCUUCUUGCUAGGCGCAGUACUGUCUCGAAGCAUGACCACUCUCUCCGUCCCUAUGUCAAGACUCAAAAGCACCAAGACCAAAAACACAAUGAAUCGAGUCACUAAAAACAUACCCUCGUCAAUUGAUCUGUAUCAAUCUGUACGACCGAAGCCGUUGCACACUCAAGCAGAAGAUGGCGCCAGUCAGAAAUCGUUAUGGAGCAUAUUGAGUUGGCCACCGUUUGGAUCUAAGCAGGCAAACAAACCUACUCCAUUGCUCUCUGUUAACAGGGUAUUGAACAAAACAGACGCAGCUGUAGAAGAAGAUGAGCAAAGUCAGAAAAAAAUUUCAUUAAAAAAUGCGAAACAGAAGGGAACCGCGAGCAAUGUAAUGGCAAAUGGUACUGUGCUGUCAAAAAAAAGUAAGCGAAAAAGCAGAGUAAAAGUGAAAAAGCUGCGGCCACCUGAAGGGGUGGCGACGACACCUCCUAGAUGCUAUCUAUUUGAAUCUGAAAUAGACAACAUUAACAAGUUGUAUGAUAAAGUCAGAUCAGCAAGUGCAUCAAGACCUCCACAGCCAGUUGAGGAAAGAAAGUACUCUACAAAAUCUCAGCUGAGCAUCAACCAAUUGAUUUCUAAAGACCAUCAUAGCCCAACCUACAAAUUAGUAACCGAUCUCGAAAAACGAAGGGUCAAAUACAUUCUUAACCGCUUCAAAUUUGACCCGAAAAAGCUGAAACAAACCCCCAUCAAAUAUACAAUCAACAAUCCUUACGGAGGUAUUGAAAAAGUACUUCCCGAGCCAGACAGUUAUUCGUUGUUUGUUGGAAAGGCGAGAUAUAAACUCGCUUACGUUUAACGUACUAUGUAACCUAUUAAAACGUUGUAUUUGAUCAAUGAAUUAAUAUGCAAUGAAGCUUAAUUUUUGUGAUGCAUCUUAACAUGGUAGAUUUUUCGUUGUACAAUGUGAAAUAAAUUAUAGUUUUUGGAG